AUGGAGGACACCAAUUCUAUAUGUGUAGUUAAUGAAUACGAAGAUUUGGGGUUUAUGGAUUUCAGGUUUGCUGCUGGGAGUGUAAGGUGGAGCUCAAGAAGUCGGCUAAUGAAGGGGAAAAUGCCCGAUGAACCAUGUUAUCCUAAACUGGCAUUGCACGAAGGGCAGCUAUUUUCGUCAAUGAAUGAUAGUAUUUCAGUGUUUGGUGGUCCUGAUUGGGUAUUGACAUCAAGGCUACGAAACAGUUAUGGUGGUUCCAUUUGUGAUUUUUCAAUUGGAGGCGAUAGACUCUUCUCUCUACACAGCGAGGAAAAUGUUUUCGAUAUAUGGGAGGCUAGACCUCCACCGAUUAUUAUGUGA